CGCAAAAAGAAGAAAUUGAGAAAGCAGUUCACAGUUGAUGCUACAGAUGAUGGGGAGGUUGAGAUGCGAAGCUUAUCCAGUUCGAGGCUCUCCGAUCGUGGGGAGCAGCUUCCCUCAGACUCCCUGACUGACCCGUCCCCACAGAAGAGGAGGAGGAAGAAGAAGGCAGCUACUAUUGACCUAGAAGAUGACAAAGCUGACCUGGUGAACACAGAAGCUCUGGAGCAGAACACUGAAGCAGAGGAGGUCGUCAGAAAAACAAAGAAAAAGAAGAAGGCCAGACCUGCGGAGGUGCCCCUGCCCGACGAGCUGGCUGUGGAGGAGGAUGACAUCACCACAGAUGGUCCACCUGCCGCUCCCCACUCCCUGUUCACAGCCCCCCAGGCCCAGAGCCAGCCUGUGGCCAAGGUCUUUGUCGAGAGGAACAGACGGUUCCAGGCAUCGGAGCGGGCCCCUGGGAGCCGCUGCAGUGAGAAGCUAGACCACAUGGACCUGCACCCUCUGGGUGUGUGGAGCACCAGAGAUGUGUCUGUGAAGCUACACCAGGGCUUCAGGACACUGGGCCUGUUCUCUCAGGGUUUCCUGGCGGGCUUUGCUGUGUGGCACAUAGUGGUGGUGUAUGUGUUAGCCGGACCACACCUGACUGCUUUGUCAAACCUAUUGCAGCAGUACCACGGCCUGGCCUACCCCUGCCAGUGUCUGCUUUACCUGCUGCUGGUCCUCAGCACUGUGGGCGCCUUCGACCGAAUGAAUCUGGCCAAAGGCUCCCUGGCCCUGAGACAGCUGAUGACCCUGGAGCCUGUGGCACUGGUCUCUUUCUUGUACUUCUGUGCUUUGAUCCUGUCUCUGAGCCAGCAGAUGACUAGUGACCGCAUCAACCUGUAUCCAUCGUUCAAUUCCUCUCUGUGGCCAACAGGUGUGGAGCAGCAGACCCUACACCCCUGGGUCACAGUCAACCUGGUGGUGGCGCUGUUGGUGGGUCUGUCAUGGGUCUUCAUCAGCACACAGCCCGAUACAGACUACACUGAGGCGUUCUUGAUGUCCAUGAGGAUAGAAGCGCCCAAAGAGGAAAAUUCGGAGAUGACUGCCUGAAUUUGCACAGUUUAUUAAUAUGUUGUUGUACUUUUGUUUUUAUUGUUUAUAGUCUAUAUGUUUUUUACUGUCUUUGAAUGUAAGUGUCUGAUCCCACCUUAUGACAGAAUAAAACAG